UGACGUGGGGACGUGAACCGGAUGACGUGGGUUUGGUUGUUGCUUCUAGAGCAGAUCUCACAAGAGGAUUUUUCGCAUUCACGUUGUUUUUAUAGCUUUUCUGUUACGUGUCGUUUAAUGACAAUUUAGGGAAACCGAUCCGGUAUCACCGAACCAAAAUAUAACGAAACUUUAUUCAACCUGUCAAGCUUUCCGUUGUUUAAGAGUUAAAAUACACAACAGCUGAUCAGAUAUGGCGAACAGAAGCUGAAGGGAGUUGAUUUCAUCGAGGGUUUCCUCUUAGUUUGCUUCUCCUUUCUCCAAUACUCGUUUGGUUUUAACAGCAGAGCUGAUUUUGGGUUAAUUUCUGACUGUAUUUACGGGCACAAAGGCUGCCUGAGGUUAGUAUUUUUCGACUGGUGAGUGUUAGCUAUUGCUAUUAGCUAAGUUAGUGAACUGUGGACAGUUAGGGAUCAUGGAUUUCGACAGCGUGCUGUCCAUCGCCUCCCAAAAUCAAGGCCUCAGCAGCAUACCGAAGCGGUAUAGCCUGAAAACCGGUCCACCCAAGAAAGAUGUCAAAGUCAAGGGAGUAAAUUCAGCUGCGGUGCAGGCCUUCUUGAAAAAACAGGCCGUAGAGCAAAAGAAAAAAGAAAUACAGAGUAAGAAAGCAAAAGAGGAACUGCUGGCGAAAAGAGUGGAGCUGAAAUCAGACAGAAAGGCAAGAGCAAUGGCUUCACGAACUAAGGACAAUUUCAGAGGUUACAACGGCAUCCCUGUCAUAGACCAGCCCAAAAAGAGGCGGUCGAGGGGGGAGAGUUCAGAAGAGCAGCAAACAUCAAACACAUAUGAUGAUGAUGAUGAUGAUGAUGGUGAUAAUUAUGAAUAUGAGGGAACAGAUUCUGAAUCUGAGGAACCAAGCAUGCCAGUUAAGCCUCAGUCUCGGCCUGAGCCCUCCAACAGAGUUGACAGCAAACCAAAAAAACCCAGUGCUCCGGCUAGGCCUUCCACAUCGUCAAUGAACUUUGCGGACCUCUUGAAACUCGCGGAAAAGAAGCAGUUUGAACCAGUUGAAAUGAAAGUAGUGAAGAAGACCGAAGAGAGGCUUAGAACAGCAGAGGAGAUUCGAGAACUCGAAAUGGAGCGCAGAGUUAAGAAUCAGGAUAGAGGGAGGGAAGCCAAACCAGACAAAAAUAUAGGACACAAAGACAGUCGAUCCCAAUCCAGCUCAAAUUCACAAAAGAAGAAUGUAGAAAGAGAUAGCAAAAUUGGGAAAAGGCCAUCAGGGGAAAAGUUGCAGUCAAGUAGUACCAGCAAAAAGCCAAAGCUUCAACCAUCCAGUGAAAGAACUCCAAGUUCUGCCAAACUACACGGAGACAGAAACUCAGGCUCCUCAGGUGCCUUAAAUGGUAAAGCUGCCAUGAAAAAUGGUGCGCCCCUUCAAUCAAAACAAGCACCAUCCAGACCCACACAAGGCCAAAGGCCCACAGCCUCAAGUGACCUUACCCCAAAAAAGGGGAAUACCUCAAUACCUCAAGGGAAAUCAAGUAUUUUGGGAAUUCGUGCUGGAGUUGCACCUGGUGCAGCUAGACCAAGUCAAGGACCACACAAAAACUCUGGGCAAGUUAGACCUAGUAAUUCCGAGAGGGGUGGGCAACCUCAAAGACCAGCAAAACCAGGACAUUUAUCACGGCCUGGGAGCAACGGACUUGUACGACCUUCUUCUGGUGACCCUUUAAAGCAACCAAGACCUGGUGGGAGUUUGCAAGGUCAGCAAAUUUCUGGAAGCUCCAAGGCCUCCAUAAAUGGACCAAGCAGAAUGGGAGGUGGUGUUUCUGGGAGACCAGUCAACGGCAUGGGCUCUGGCCCUGGGAGACCUCAGUGCACUGUUGUUUCAGAGACUAUUUCAUCAAAGAACUUUGUUCAGAGACCUGGGAUGGUUCAGAGACCUGGGAUGGUUCAGAGACCUGGGAUGGUUCAGAGACCUGGGAUGGUUCAGAGACCUGGGAUGGUUCAGAAACCUGGGAUGGUUCAGAGACCUGGGAUGGUUCAAAGACCUGGGAUGGUUCAGAGACCUGGAAUGGUUCCAAGACCUCCGGGACCUCAAGGCUCUCAAGGCCCCAGGACAGUGAUUGGCCCCACAGGCCACAGAGUCCUGGUUAGACCUCCUGGAGCAGCUAUGCCCCCCAUAACAUCCAGUUAUAAACGGCAGUACGAAGAUGAGGAAGAAUAUGACUCAGAGAUGGAUGACUUCAUCGACGAUGAAGGAGAAGAGCAAGAUGAAAUUUCAAAACAUAUCAGGGAAAUCUUUGGCUAUGACCGGAACAAAUAUAAAGAUGAAAGCGACUAUGCACUGAAGUUUAUGGAGAGCAGCUGGAAAGACCAACAGAAAGAGGAAGCGAGAAGCCUGCGAUUGGCAGUGCUUGAGGACGAGGAGGAGGAAAGACGAGAACUUGAGGAGAUGAGGCGGAGGAAUGCCAAGAAGAGCAAAUGAUUGUGAUGAUUGUGUUUCCGAAACGCUUCUCUCCCUUUACGCAGAGGACCGGCAGAAAUUGCGUUCCUUAAUGACAUCUGUUUUUGUUUCUGCCUCAGUUUACGCCUGGGCAUCAAGGAGGAUGAAGAGGAGAUGCGUUUGGAGGAGGAGGAGAUGAAAAGAAAACUAGCGAUGAAAGCAAAAAGGAAAAAGAUUUAGUUUACCUUACUUGACUUUGAUCUAGUCUUAUUUGGUUGGGAAGAACCGAGUGGAACGGAAAAGCCUUUCUUGCGCCGCUGACGUUGUUACACUAUUUAUUUGAAUGCCCAAGCCAUGGGAGCAGGUUUGCACUAUCAAGAGCCCAUCUGACAUAGCUGAGCUUCGGAGAAAAUAAUAUAUGAAAUUAAUAUCUGAAAAUCACGAUAGCAUUUUUUUGUAUCUGUAGAAACCAUGAAAGUAUAUGGAUAUGGAUGCCUUACAUCUCAAGAACCAACUUCCAGAUUGGUCCUGAUUUAGGGAGAGUUAUUUUAUUACUUGUACUAUUUAAAUUGGUGAAAAAGACAGAAGACUGCCAUUUUUCCAAUGUAUUUUUUUUGUUAAAGUGAUUUGACAGAUUCUGUUGUCCUGUCAUUUGUUAAUUCCGUGUUUUUUUUUGCUGUACUUGUGGAGUGUGUGAGUUACCUUUAGCUGAGAUGAAACUCAAAUAUUAACUUUGUGCUUAGUCAAGUUGCACAAUGUGCUUGAAAUGCAAAUGACAACAUUCACAUUUAUUCACAGCUAGUCAGUAUUUGUAACGUGGAAACACCAUGCUAUUCCAUGAAGAAUAAUGCAGUACCAUUUAAGUACAAUGUGCUGCAAACACGGCAAGAAACUGUUACCGCGAUACAUAUCAAGUGGCCACCACUGUACUUUUGUUUUUUUUUUUUUCUUUAAGAGUUAUUGAUCCAGACAACCAUUAUAGACACUGCUUAAACAAAAAUGCUAAUAGAUGUCAUUUUUAAUGUGUAAAGAAAGGUGAAGCGGUAUUUGUGCCAACAGAAAGGUUGUGCUACUCAUUCGUUCUAACUUCUCACUGUAGAUGUUCGCCCUUUUUUUUUU